AUGUCGAAAAAAGGAAAGAACGCAUUGCGCCGCAGAAACGUACAUUAUAAUAAAGAAGCUGUUGAUCUAAAAAAACGAAUAAGUCGCAUAAACGAGGCAAUUUCGAAGAAGGAUUUGAAUGCACUUCGACGCUUAGCUACUACCGGGCCUGGUCUCGUAAACGAUGGCUUGCGUCGAUUAUGCUGGCCAUUACUUUUGCAUUAUAGAAAUCACAGCGUUGAGACAAGCCAAGUAGCUCAUAAAGACGAAAAUCAAGUCUCGCUUGACGCUAAUCGUUCUUUUGUUCACUUUCCUAAAGGGUUGAAUGAUCAACAAAGAAAACAAAAACAAAGUGUUCUCUAUGAAGUAAUAGUAGGAAUUUUGCGAAGACAACCAAAUUUAUCUUAUUACCAGGGCUUCCACGAUGUGUGUACAACUCUUCUCGAGGUAUUGGGAAAAGGGGGGGCUAUAAAGGCUGGAGAAAAUAUUGCAAUGUUUCUUUUAAGAUAUCCUUUUUAUUUAUAA